GUUGCGUAAAGAUGCUCGCCAAGGCGGCCGCCAAGAGGAGCAUUCCGCCGCCGAUAUAAGCAAUGGCCGUGCUAAGGCUUCGUUUAGUUUGUGCUCAAGUCGGCAAAGGAUUCUCACAGGUGAAAUUCAUAAUAGGGUGGUCUUGGAUCUAUGGUAUAACAUUUGUAUUGCUCAGUAGUGGAGCUUUGAAAACUCCGCCAUGAAUUUUGAGACGCCCACAAUACCGGCCUUUUAUGAGGGGCGCUCCGUCUUCAUUACUGGUGCAACAGGAUUUAUUGGAAAGGUCUUACUGGAGAAACUGCUACGUUCAUGUCCCGGAAUCAAGUAUGUUUAUAUCCUAAUGAGAGAGAAAAAAGGAAAAGAACCAAGACUGCGCCUCGAGGAACUUCUGAAUUGCAAGGUAUUUGAUCGUUUAAAGAAAGAGAAGCCCGAAGCUAUUCAAAAAGUAAUUGGCAUUACAGGAGAUCUUUCAUUGCCUCAGCUGGGAGUGUCUCCUGCUGAUCUUGCAGCCAUGGCAAAAAACGUGUCUAUCGUCUUCCAUUCAGCGGCCACAGUCAAAUUUGACGAACCUCUAAAGCAAGCUAUCGACAUGAACGUUCUGGCAACUAGGCGGAUGAUCGAACUGUGUCAUAAGUUACCAAACAUUGUCGCUGUGAUUCAUGUGUCGACAGCGUACGCAAAUUGCAACAGAAAACAGGUAGACGAAGUUGUCUAUCCUGCUCCAAUUCCUCCAAAUCAAAUCAUAGAAGCGACAGAAUGGAUGGAACCAGCGUUACUAGAUUCAAUCACACCAAAACUAAUAGGAGACCGACCGAAUACUUACACUUUCACCAAAGCACUAGCGGAGAAUCUUCUUGUUGAUGAAUGUGGUUCUCUGCCAGUGGCGAUUGUUCGGCCUUCUAUUGUCAGCGCUGCAUGGAAAGAGCCCUAUCCGGGAUGGAUCGACAAUCUGAAUGGUCCUGCUGGAAUAAUUGUCGCGGGCGGCAAGGGCGUUCUGCGAACUAUGAUCAUUCAUGGUGAAGUGACCGCUGAUAUCAUACCUGUGGAUGUGGUCGUUAACCUUAUGAUCGCAGUUGCGUGGUACACGGCUACGCAAAGACCGAAUAGCAUCUUGGUAUACAACUGCACCUCUGGAUCACUAAACAAAACUACAUGGGAUGAUAUAAUGGCAGUGACGUAUCCAUACCUACUCAAGUAUCCUAGCGCUGAACUUUUCCGGUAUCCCAAAGGUAGUUUCCGUCGAAAUCAAACCAUCAACACCAUGUGUAUAGCAUUUCAACACUAUCUUCCAGCUCUGUUUGUAGAUCUCAUGGCAUAUCUCUUUUUUCAGAAACCUGGGAUGAUGCGAGUAUAUCAAAAAGUGCACAAGGCCACCCAGUGUCUGGAAUACUUCACGACAAGAGAAUGGGAAUUCCAGUGCGACAACGUCCUCAUGCUCAACGACAAAAUUCCGCCUGAGGAUCAGGAGGUUUUCUUUUUUGAUAUCCGUAAGCUAAACUGGUCUUACUUUUGGGAAAAUCAUGUUUUAGGUUGUCGGAAAUUCAUACUGAAAGAAGAUCCGUCUACGAUACCAGCUGCGAGAAAGAGUCUGAGAAGGAGAUACUUCAUCUCUCAGUUCAUUCACUUCUUGGUGGCAGUAGGCGUCUGGAAGAUAUUUUUCUCUCGUAUAUUUUCGGUCAGCAAUGUGUGGUAUGCCUUGUCUGCUACAGCUCUGAAAGUCCACGGAUUGAUGCAGGAUGACUAAGAGUCGAGGAAAAGGAAAAUAUUUUAACUUAUUUUACGCUUCUGAAGUUUUGAGAGCAGGAUACCUCCUGAAUCUUGCCCAAAAUGAAGAAACAUUCCCUCUGCUGUAUUCCAAGGUUUACAUCGAAUUUCCAUGCUUAUUCAUCGAAAUCAUUAAUUGUAAUAUUUUACGUCAUUAAUGUGAAUACUUUUAGAAAGUUUUGCUUGGAUAAUGCUACCAAAAUAUUUGGUAUUAAAAUUUUUACAAAACUCUUAAAACGGAUACCCAGCGGGCAUUAUUUGAACUGACAGACUAGAAAUCCAACGGGUGUAAAACUGAAUAUUCUUUCAAAACAGUUAAUGCUUCAGUUACACUGAAUCUUGUAACAUUUGUUUCUGGAAAAUCUAAUCCAGAAUGACGAACUUAUCUCUGUAUUGGAGUUGCAUAUGUUAAUUGUUAUUAUUAUUUUUUUUUUGUUUGUCAAUUGAGUAUUACCAUUUUGUGGAGUUUUCUUCAGUAUUAGUCACUGUUGUGUGCCACUGAUAAUACAUCAUAUAUGAAUUUCAUUUAGAUUCAAAUGAGUUAAUUGUUAAAGUUUUUGCGAAAGAGGGCAGAAUUCCCGAGAUUUUACAAUCGGCCAAGUUCCUAGGGUUUCUGACUACUUAAGCUAAUUUUUGUUUAAUCUUUCUCUCCUUAUGAGAUAAUACUGUAUUAUAUAUUGUAAAGUAAAUUUUGUAUUUAAUAAUAAAAGGCCGAGUUCUGUAUUCAUACGUACUUGAAAUGUGAACUGUGUAUUUUUAUAUAGAUUUUACAAUAUAUGCUGUACUUCCAUGUAAUAAAAUGUUGUUGUCUGAGA